GAGUCGGUGGAGUCGUGCGCACCGAUCGCCCCGUCGCGCUACAAGUCCCGGCGAAGUCGCGCGCGCGCGUGUGUGUCUCGCGGCCCGCUCGGCAGUCGGUCGACGUCGGCGAGGGUCCGGGUGUCCCGGAAGGCUCGGGACCGCGCCCGAGGACGGAGGAACGAGGCCAGGCGAGGAGAAGCGGCGGCGGCGGCGGCGACGGCGGCGACCGCGGGUCGCCCGCAUGUACGUAGGCGCCCCGGCUCGCGAGAGUCGGCCUCGGCGAUCCCCGAGUCCCCUGGGGGCCGCGGCGGAGUCGAGGGAGGCUCGAGGACGACGGGGUGCUCGUCGCGGCCCGGUCGGCGAGUGAUCGCCACGCCGGGGACAAAGACGGCCGCGCCGGCCCCGGGGAACGACGCCCCGCGCCGCUCGCGCGCGCGCACCUACACCCGCCCGCGAGGUCCACCUCGGGUUCGAGCCUAGAAGCGGCAGGAUUCGGUGACAGGACGUGGCGGAUCCGGUGACCGAGGCCGCGGCUGCGACAGGGUGCACCACUAGACAGGGCGAGAGAUGCGGGAAUACAAAAUCGUGGUAUUGGGCAGCGGGGGUGUCGGCAAAUCCGCCCUCACCGUCCAGUUCGUCCAGGGCAUCUUCGUCGAGAAGUACGACCCGACCAUCGAGGACAGCUACAGGAAGCAAGUCGAGGUCGACGGACAACAAUGCAUGCUCGAGAUCUUGGACACGGCAGGCACGGAACAAUUCACGGCCAUGAGGGACCUGUACAUGAAGAACGGCCAAGGCUUCGUGCUGGUCUACUCGAUAACGGCGCAGUCGACGUUCAACGACCUGCAGGACCUGAGGGAGCAGAUCCUGCGGGUGAAGGACACGGAUGACGUGCCGAUGGUGUUAGUGGGCAACAAGUGCGACCUGGACCCAGAGAGGGUAGUGGGCAGAGACCAAGGCGUCAACCUUGCCCGGCAAUUUAAUUGCGCCUUUAUGGAGACCUCUGCCAAAGCCAAAGUUAACGUUAACGAUAUCUUCUACGACCUGGUGCGACAAAUCAAUAAAAAGUCGCCCGAGAAGAAGAUGAAACAGAAAAAAAAAUCGUUGUGCCUACUUCUGUAAGAGGAGAACGAGCGAGACCCACCGUUAUUCGGCGACGAGUUCCAGAAGAACCAGGGGCGAGGGAUGAAGUAGAGCGUUUUGAAAAUACUAGCAUGAAUGGGGGGGAAGGGGGGGAAGUCGACGCGAGACAAAGGGGGUCAAGGAUAGAGGGGGAAAUCGAGCUGGCUUGUAACGCGGAGCGAGGGACGAGGAAUGGAAACCUAGAAGGAACUGGAAGGGAAGAGAAGAAUAUGGACAAGGGAGCGCAAGGGGUUGAAUAUUGUAUAUACGUUAGUCCCGGGGUGGUUCGCGUGCACGCGCAAACGGUGCGCACAAAGGAGGUUGAACGUAGCCCCGAGACACCGGUUAUCACUGUAGGAAUUUUGCAUUAAAAAAAAAAAUGAUUAAUAUUAUAUAUUUAGGAGAAAAAGGAAGGAAAAAGAAAUGUUUUAACGUGCGCGCGCGCUGGCCAUCAGCCCCGUGCAUCGUUCGCCGCGCACCUCUCUUCUUAUAUAAUAUAAUAAUUAUACAUAGACGGUACUACAUUUAUUAUUAUUUUUUUUAAUUAUUAUUAUUAAUAUUAUUAUUAUGAAAGCAUCAAAAUAUUCAUAAGUUAUCAACAUCGUUUGUUUCUCAAACAAUAUAUGUUUUUCUAUAUCUCUCCGUAUUGAAGCAAAUAAUAAAAAUUCAUUAAAUGUUGA